GUUCAUCCAGUACUUCGUGACUAUGCGUGUGACAAGCGGAGUAUUCCGGCCAGUGUUCGGAAUGGUCGAGGAGGACACCAUCAUCUUGAUAUCUCUGCCGGUUAUUCGCGUCUUCCUCUGGCCCCUUGUCAUGUCACACUCACGGCAUCCGGGUGGGAUUAUGAGAAAUUCAUGAGCUGGGCAGACGGGGAGUUGGGAGGCAAGGAAUUCCGACAACAAGCGAUGUUGUAGAAUGCCAGGCAGGGAGGAGUGCUCUGGAAGUUGCAGGAAACAAGACUGGAAAGGGUCCCCAUGUCUUCAAGUCGCAUAGCAGCCAUAGCUCAUCGUGCAGCGCCCCUCUUCACAGCUAGAAGCUUGGUAGUUCAAUCACUAGCAGGAUGGUUGGCUGUCUAUGUCUGCGUGAAGGUUACCGUUCAGACACGUUAUUUCCACCCCGGCCGAAAGGGAUUCGCCAUCACCAAGGCCCGGAAUAAGUAUCCUCGCCUAGGCCGUAGAAUGUGUUCAACUCUCUCUCUCUCUAGCGUCUCGGGCAGGAACGACAGCAAAAGUAGAAAAACUAAGCUAAGCUUCAUUACAAUCGGGACACUAACUAGGCCGAAAACAAUGGAUCGUCAGCAAAUCGCACCACAGAACAGCCAAGUCGCUCCCCGGCGGAUCAGAUGCCUACCAAUGCCACCGGGGGAGCGGGCUCAAUAUAGCUCGAAUUUACCGGCUAUCGAGCCGGCGGCCCAGUUCUACCAAAUGGUGCCCCUCCGGUUCAACCAAGGCGCACCUCCCAAGCCACCAUACAGCAUCGAAUAUCAUGCGGGCUUGCGACAGGGCCAUUUGAAUAUCGAGGAUCGAGUGCUCCCUGCUCCGUAUACCGACCCGCGAGCAGCCGACCGAGGCCGGGGGCGGGGUGGGGGGGUAUUUCCACUGUCAGAGGCGGUUUAGAUCUGCCAGUUCAGAGUUGCGCAACAGGCUUGGCGCAUCGUCGCAAUUGCUGACCGAUCUCCGGAAGGGGCAUAAGCAGAAUCAUCGAGCAUGGUGUCGCGGUCAAAGUCCCAGUUCAGUGUGUAUAGUUGCGUUUUGGUCGCACUCCGAGUCAGAAUGAAUAGGAAUCCCACGCAGUUGAUACAUGGAUUGCGUCCCCCUGAUGA